UAUGCCGGCGAGGUGUCAAUUUUAGUCUACAAUAAACGACGAGGCGUAUUAGAUGUGUUGCUGGCGCGGUUUCGCAGAAAACGAGUGAAUUGUGAAUGAGCAACGAACAUGAAAAUAAUUGUUGGCACAAUUUUAUGGAAUUACAACAAAAAAAUCCUAAUUGAAAAUUAAGAAAAAAUGUGAAUCAAUUUGAAAACAAAUUUACACUCAAUAAGACCUCUCACAGUUACAAUAUUAGACUCGCCUUGCGAUUAAUCGAUCGAAACGUCAGCAAAUGUUAGCGUACGUCUAAGCGUGCAAUAAAUACGCGAAUUGCGGGGUUUUGUUGUGCGUGCAAUGAAAAGAAAUUUGUUAAAAAUUAAACAAACAUUUUGUAAAGUGCCACUCAGUAUUUCAUGAAAAUGGUAAAAAUAGUUGGCGUUCAACCGACGAACGCGAUCAGUGAUCAUCAAGCGCUUGCUCUUAGCUACAAUCACCACCUUCACGGCCAGCAGCACAGCCAAAAUCAAAAUCACCUACAACCACAAGAAGCCGCUGAUCAUCCACAACAACAGCAGCAGCAGGCACCUACAGCGAUUGCCACCCACACCGCCUACAGCCUCGCCGAAUCCGCGCUGCAGCACUCACUGCUGUAUAAAAUGGCACGCACGCCCCACCUCAAGUCGAGCUUUUCCAUUAAUGCGAUCUUACCCGAAACGAUUGAGGAUCACCAUCAGCAGCAACCGUCGCCGCAGCAGUCACCACAACACCAAUCUCAGCACCAUCAUCACCUCCUGCAACAACACCCAGCACUGCAACACCACUAUCCGCCGCACGGGCAGCAACAACAACACUACCCACCGCCGCACGAUAUAGACAAAUACCGCCGCAUUCCGCCUACCGACUUUCACGCCUGCCACUCGCCACUCGGUUCAGAGGAACAUGACGCAUCUGAGGUGGAGUCUGAUCUGGAUGUGACGAGCAUGUCGCCCCCACUGCUAACGGAGGGUAGUGAGGUGAGCGCGCAUAGCUUGGAGAAUGGACAGCGCAAAUACCGGCGCAAUGGACGUGCGCGUGGUGCUCGUGGUGCGUGUGGUCAUGCGGAUGAGAGUGCCGAUAGUGAGGCUGAAUGCGUGGAUGAGGAUACUGAGGCGGAUGUGUGUGAGGCUGAGUUGGAUGGCGCCGCCGAUGAGGAGUGUGAAGAGGAGGACGUGGAUUGCGAUGCGGAGGGCGAAGGUGAAGGCCAUGCGGAUGGUGAUGCGAAUACAGAGAAAUCAGCGGACGGCAAGGCGGUGAGCGAUAAGAAGGGCAACGAGAAGCCUCCGUUUUCGUACAAUGCGCUAAUCAUGAUGGCCAUUAGGCAGAGUUCGGAGAAACGCUUAACGCUGAAUGGCAUCUACGAAUAUAUCAUGACGAAUUUUCCUUACUACCGCGACAAUAAGCAGGGCUGGCAGAACUCGAUACGCCACAAUCUCAGCUUGAAUAAGUGUUUCGUGAAGGUGCCGCGUCACUACGAUGAUCCGGGCAAAGGUAAUUACUGGAUGCUUGAUCCCUCGGCAGAGGACGUUUUCAUUGGCGGCUCCACUGGCAAGUUGAGACGGCGCACAACAGCCGCUUCACGCUCACGGCUCGCUGCAUUCAAACGAUCUCUUAUCGGUCCCAUGUUCCCCGGACUUGGCUAUGCGCAAUUCGGUCAGUUUCUGUAUCCGCAACAAGCCGCAGCCACUACCUCCGCACCGAGCCUGCUCGCCAGCAUGUACAGCCGCUACAAUCCUUUUGCGCCAAAGAGCCCGGCUGUUGCGGCUGCCGCAGCAGCAGCUGCAAGCCUGCCAAUGUCCAUGCAAUUCGGUGGCGCACCCACCGCCUCCGUAAUGGCCAACUACAGCAGCGGCAUGGAGCGCCUAUUGGGCGCGGUGCCACAUCAGAGCCAUCCAGCUGCGGCAGUGGCGGCAACCAGUGAACUCUAUCAGCGCCUACAAUAUCAGCAAUUGUUGCAACAACACGCCACUGCGGCGGCAAUCGCCGCGCAUCAACGUCAUCAGCAACAUUUGGCUAGUGGUGCGCCCGCGCCUCCCCCUGUCGCCCAUCAUCCGCAACACGCGCAGCAUCUGCAACACUUGGCGGUGUCCCCGCAUCAACAACAAUUGCAAAUUGGCGCGACACACGCGCACAUAGGCGCACAGCCCGCUUCACCCGGCCAACCCAUUUCGCCGGCGGCACAACCGGCGCCGACGGCAACGGCAUCGCCCAUCCUCAAGCCCGUGACGGUGGUGGCGCGCAACGAUAGCUGAGUGGCAGGUGGACGAGGCGGUGGGUGCGGCAUGGCAGUAGAGGAGGCUGUAUGUAUAUAGUUGUAAUAGUAUUUUUAAGUGUGUAUUUCAUAGCUUAUAAAAACUGUAUAGUGAAUUAAAAAUUUAAAUUAAACUAAAAUUGUAAAUUACGCGCGGCAGAGAGGCGCAGCAUUCGGUGAUCUUGAUUUAGGCAGUUUUCAUUGUAACGGCAGGAAAUCACAUUGUGCAACUUUUGCAAUGGCUUUGAAUGUACAUUUAGCAAAAUAAAGCUAGUAGGUAAUAAAUUAUAAGUAAUUAACAGUGAAAAACAAAAAAUAUUAAAAUUGUAAAAAAUUAAAAAAAUUAAAAAUUUUAAAAUUCCGGCAAUGCUUUUGAAUAUUCAUGCGAUUUACGUUUGAAUAUGUAUGUGUAUGUAUUAACAAUAAAAAAGUUAGCUAGUAAUACGAAAUUUACUGAAAGAAGAAAUCAGAACAAUGCGAACUCGAAAAAUAAAAAAAAUAUUUAUUUAUUAAAAUUGUAAA